AUGGCCACCUGUGUUGUAUUGUUGAUGAGUCUUUUGGAAUUAGAAGGUUGCCAUAGCAAUCCGUGUAAGAAUGCUGGGCAUUGUUAUGAUGAUGGCAAUAUUUAUGUAUGUAUAUGUCCAGCUGGGUUUGAAGGAACUAAUUGUGAAAAUGUGACUACAACAACUGUGUCAGGUCCUACAUUUGAUCCUUUACAAUCGUUGACACUUCGGCCAGGACAAACUUUCGCUCCUGACACACAAACAACAGAAAUACCAACAACUACAGCUCGCCAAUAUGUUGUCUGCAAUGAACUUGAAUUAAUUCUCCUACUUGCAUCUGGUAAUCGAGUUAAUCACACUAAUGCUAGAACAUGCCCAAAUGGUUUGGCAGAAUCAGAAGCUAUAUUAUUUAAGCAUUGCUCGGCCAAACCAUUAAACCAAUGGAAAGUUGGUGCUCAGGUUUCUCAGAACUGUCAAACUUUGCCAAAAUAUUCUGCAGUUGCACAGUUUCAUCAUGGAGUAGCUACAGUGAACAGUGGAGUGUUCAUAAAGUGUGACGGAAGUGAGCGCUUUGAGAUGUUUACUCAGACCUGUGAUCAAGAUUUUCACAUUUCUGGAGUGACCUGGCCGGAAUCAGACUCUUUUUACACAGUGGAAUGGAUAUGAUUAUUUUCUACAAUCAGAAUAAUUAAAUUAUAACUAGUAGACAGUAUAAAUAUUUCCUCUUUUCUUGUAUGAAUCGUGAUACUGUAAAGGAUUGUUUCAAUAGACAGUAUUUUGUCAAGAAA